GGUAUACUUCGUAAUAAUCGGCAGUAAAUUAUCUAUUUAAAACCGUUACGAGUUCAACAGUCCAGACUGGUAGCAUCUUCUAUGCGAAUAGACUGUCAUUUCGGCUAACAAUUUUCAUUAUGGACGCAAAAUCCAUAAUGGACGCGAAAUCCAUUACGCCCGAACUUAUUAAGAAAUGGACUUGUCAACGGCUAGCAAUGCUAGCCCAUACUCUUAGCGAUAUUGAUCGUUUUUUCUAUCGCUCUCCCAAUAAUAGCCAACAUACCAUCCAACCAACAGAAUCCCUGGGAUACUUGAGCGUUCUGCCUCUGGAAACUCUUACCGAUGUGGUUCUCCGACUUGACGUUCUUUCGGUAACAACCUUGCGACGAGUUAAUAGACGCUUUAUGUUAGUAGUCGACUCGGUACCUCAAUACCAAAUGGUCUAUCAACACUGCCCUAACAUUAUCCGCGAUAUCAUCAGCACGGGAGCUAAGCACUUUGACUUUGCAACAUUGUACAAAGCGCUCUGUGAACCACAUUGUGUCUCAUGCGGAAACUUCGGCGGAUAUAUUUAUCUUAUCACUUGUUUACGAGUCUGUUAUAUCUGCUUUACCGAGAAUCGACAGUUCUUACCCAUGAUUGGAAAAUAUGCACGUAUGAUUACCGGCUGUUCGAAGAAGGAGUUGGAACAGCUGCCACAUAUUCGAAGCGUCGAGGGACGAUAUGCAGACAAUGGGCGACUGUGUCGAGAUCAGCCAACGUUAUGGGACCGGGAAGCUGUGCUAUCCAUCCAAACGACCACGCCUGGCUGUGAGAAAGGCGAUUGUGAACGCAAUAAUCCACGUCGAUUCAUGGCUAUUGUCUCUGCCCCUUAUUUUGAACUCCCUUCCAAAGUUGCUAAAUGGGGCCUAUAUUGCCUUGGAUGCAGCAAUUCUCACAAAAGCGAAACAUAUUUCCGGAAGCAAUAUACUGAGCAGGGUUUCGUUGAUCACAUUAUCCUCUAUGGACCUGUCGUACCAGAAGGCCGCCGCCCAAGACAUGCACCACUAGAUAUGCCUAGUUAGAGAUCCUGCAAGACACAACCUUAUGCAACUAUACCCACCACAAUAACGCAAGGCUGCAACACCUCUCAUUCAGCAAAGGAGACCCCGUCAUCUGACCUGCCGCUACUGAGUGGAGGCUCUGUCAAUAAACCCAUGAAACCUGCUAUGAAGUACCUCCAUUGUUCCACUCUUACGGACUGCAACAAAUUUGGCACUUAUUAAGAGGAGAAGGCUUAUAUCUUUUGGCUCUGAGAGGGGUAUAUCACUGCCGAGAUGCUUACGGCUUAAAGUUGUUUAACUCUUGCCUGAUAUUACUACAUACCUGGUAUUAUGGAAAAUCUGAGCAUAGGUUAGGUAUGCUUUAGCUAGUCCAGCCUUAGGUGCCGAAAACAUGGGUCGGCCUCUCGAGAUCUGUUUUAAAGAGGUAGAUAAUACUAAGCAGCAGUGUUAAAUACCUCUAAUAAAAGAUAAAAGAUAUAUAUAUUAUGGUGAUCAACUUCCUAGGAAGUUGCUAUAAAAUGC